GCAAAUCAAUUGAGAUGCAUGAGUCCUAACGUUCAGUGUCACAAGAGACCUUUGGAGACCGUGCUCAGUCUUCAUUGCAUAGUCCAACGGGCUACACAAAGACAGAGAGAGAGAUACAAGAUAUGGCCAGAUAUGUUUGUGUGCUGGUCAUCUCUGCAGGGGUGAUCAUUUUGACUGGAAUGCUGGCAUCUUUGAUGACAGGGUUUCGAGGAUCUGAGAUUAGAAUGAAGUCAUCCAGAAAUUCAUUCACAGUCAACUCAGAUGCAGCUCAAACAAAGAUGACGACAUUAGUGGGUGCAUUAGAUGUGACCGAAGGUGUGUUGAACACGCCGAAGGCACAAAUAAUCACAGACAUUCCUGGAACUGCAACAAAUAUGAUGUCUGGAUCAUCUGUGGUAUCAAGAGCAUCAUCCGUUGCAACUGCUGAACCCUCUCGGCAAACAACAGCUGAGACAGCAGCAGCGAGUGCAGCUGGGGCGGCGAGAUCUACAGCUGGGGAAACAAUCGUCUCGUCUGAGACGAUAGAGAAAGUUAAUACACACACUUUACCUGGAACAAAAAAGGCAGAAACACAGGAAACAGUAGAAAAAACUCCAAGUGAAACAGUCACCACAUGUACACAAAUAGAAGAAACUACCAAAGUGGACACAUUAACAAAUACAGGUCCAAAAACACUUGAGGGAAUAAGUGAUAAAAGUAAAACAGAUGUGACAAUAUUUGAGAAACCAGCAGAAGUAAGCAUUAUACCAAAACAAGAAUCAGGGACAACCACAUUUGCUCCAGCUAUAACAGCUACAGCUAAUAUCAGGAGUGCAACUCCGAUACCAGAAGCAGUGACAGACAGAGCAACAAAUUUCAUUAUAAGUACACUGAAAACUUCACAAAUCACACCUGAAAACAAAGCAACAACCAAAACCAGACUAGACGUAACAUUUAGGACAGCAGCGGUUAUGACUGAAACAAAAGUAGAUUUAACUGAAGGAAAACCAGCACCAAGCACCAUCAUAAAAAGGCUAAAAACAGCAGGAACAGAGCCGUCUAAAGUUGAAACAAGCGAAGAAAACACAGCUAGACCACAAAAAUCUUCUCAAGCUAUAAAAACUACAAAUGCUCCAACAUUAAAGCUUCUAACUAUGAUUCUAACUGCCACUGGAAAACAAGCAAAAACAGUGGAAAAUCAAUUAAGUACAGCCGGUACAAGCGUAACAAUAAAAUCAAAUGUGUUAAGGACAAUUAAAUCCACCGUAAAUUAUUUAAACACCAUUUCACCAAAGAGACAGACUGCUAAAGCGUCUGACAAGUUGACAACUCGGUCACACAAGACUGUAUCACCGUGUAGAGGUAAAUGUAAAACCAAAUCUACUACUAAGAAUACUACAAGCAGACGAGGCCAGGUACAGAAGCCCCUGCCCUCUGAUAAAAGUUUUUAUUCUGCCAUCACUAUGGGUAGCAUCCUAGUUAUAUGUGGCCUGCUAGCUCUUAUUGUGUUUAUAAAGGAUUUUCUUGGGCCCAAAUAAAAUACUCAGCAUAUUCAAAUGUUGGCUGAUCAUUUCAUAAAUUAAAAUUGAGAAUUUGUUUUAAGAUGUAAAUAAACAACUGGAUAAAUAACUAUUCAUGACUGAUGAUUUUUUGCCAUAGGGAUAGUCCACCCAAGAUGAAAAUUAUGUCAUCAUUUACUCACCCUCAUGUCAUUCCAAACCCGUAAGACUUUCUUUCUGUUGUCUGGUUUUGUCCACACAAUAUAAGUCAAUGGCAAUCAAAACCGUUUGGUUACCAACAUUCUUUAAAAUAACUUCUUGUGUGUUCCGUGAAAGAGAUUUAGUUACGCAGUUCAAUGCAGUGGCGUGACAAGUCCAUACGCAAAAAACAUUUAGGUCAAUAGGUUAAUGUGGGCUCCAAAGCUCAUUAUUGUUGUCUCUUCUGAGGUAAAUCACGUUACAUGACUAUUCACAAGAUGUUUUACUGAUGGUAUAAAUACUUUGAAGUACUAUUUAACAUUAUUUGUAGUGUGCCAGCCACCCAAAAAUUUGGAGAAAAAAAAAUUCAAACAGAUUUGGUGCAGUAACAAUGCAUCUUAAAGACACUUUCGAAAAACGUAUAGAUCACGUUCAAAUAAUACAGAAAUUGUUCAUUUUAUCCUUCGUUUAGAUCAUAAUUUUUAAACAUUAUAUAGUUAAUUGAAAGGUUGAAGACUAAAGAGUAGAAGAAUAAACAACAUUAAUAUGUCUUUCACAAAAAGGAAAUGUAUUACUUUUAAUCAAUAAACUCGCGAGAACCCACCAUAUAGGUCAUUAUUCUUAUACCUAAAUAUGAUUCCCCUGUAACACCAUGUGUGGAAGUGUGCUUGGUAUUAAUGUUGGUGUUUAUGGCCUAAUAUCACAGCAGUGAAGGUAAACUGGAGACAUUACGUAUUUAUUCGGGGAAAAACGGCCUUCCGAGACGACUUAAUAUGACGUCAUAAAGAGCCUUUAAAGCGAUCUUAAAAGAAGCGUUCUAAUAAAUGACCUUUGGAAAUUCAAGUUGCGGAUGAUGUAGCGGUUGUCCUCACGGGAUUACUGACAGGUUUCUCUGUUGUAACUCCGUGGUAAUUUACCUGCUGCCCGGUACGAGUUAGCGCCCAGUUUCACACGCAGACCCCUUGUGGUAUGUAAAAACACGUGAAGUCAUUAUAGUUGCCCCCGCCUGCUGGGCUGUGGUGCAUGUAGGUGUGCAGGGGGGGCCGGGUAGACUCAUAAAUGACCGGUGUGGUGUUUUGUGUUGUGUGUGGUAGGGGGUGUCACACGGUGAUUGA